GCCGCAUCGCGUGUAGCCCCUGCUGGAACUAUCGACGCAAUCCUAACUUCCCAGAGGGGACUGCAGAAUCUCGCUGAGACGAUUAUGCAGUGCUCAAUUUGUGCGGGGACCCGACUGACGCUGCUUACGGUUGUCAUGGUUAGUAUUGAUAGUCUAAUUUCGGCAAUGGAAGUUAUUACGGCUUCUUCGACCGGCUCACCUGGAGCGGGGACUGGGGCGGCGGAGGAAAUGUUCGGGAGGUAUCCCUCCCCAAAGGGGGUCGGGAGUGGAAGUGCGAAUGGCACGAAUGCUGGCGGCGGCGGGGGAGGUACGUUUCUCAAGUCUCAGAUUGAGGCGUGCCCGCUGUUGGUUGGGAGCUUUCGUGUACCGCAGGAGGAGAAAUAUACGUUUGUCAAACAGGUUCUGCAGACUAGACUCGGGGGGUUGUUAACGACUAUUCGUCGGAUUCGGUUCUGUACGCAGGAGAUGCUGGCUGGGACCGCGGCACGAGGACGGUUGGUGAUGAUGAUGGAAACGGAUCGAAGGCUGCAAAUGGUGAUGAUGAGGAUGAGG